AUGUGCAAGCGCCCGCUUUCUUUGGCACUUCAGCAGCCUUCCGUCGCCCUGUUCCCUGGCCUUGUCGCAAACCCAUCCCCAUCGAGUGUUCUUCGAUCGUGUUGGGGCGGGAACGGGAAGCGAAGGCUUAACUCGCCAAAAAGGCGACCACAACAUUGACUCCGCGUGACCCUCCAUGACAGCGAUGUUCCUCCCGCGACGCGGUUCAAAAAGGUAGUCUUUCUUCCUCAGGCCGACAUCCUUCAUUUCAUGUCUGCUUUCUCCUCACAGUCUUUGCGCGAGCCUCGCUGCACAAAAGCAAGACAUCCAUACCGAGACGCUACAUAGGACUUCGAGUUGCGCUUGCGCUUGCGACCAACGCCAACGACCUUCAGCUGUGAAGCCAGCAUCUCCAACCUCCAUGAUACGAUCUAAGUCACAGUAUCAUUUUUCAAGGAUUUGAAGCUCAAAGCCACGAGCAUCCUGAAUGUUCUCAAUUCGCCAAUGCAGAAAUCAUGGCCGCCAACAUCCUCGAUCCCGGCUUGAUGCCACCUCCACCUGGACCCAUAACAAUUCGACAAGCCAUCGACGACCUCCAAGUAACCCUCAACCAAAUUCGGCGUAAACUUCGCACCUUGAUCGACUGGUACAUAUUUCCGAAUGUGGUGCCGAACUCGAUCCAGGCCUACGACCCACGACUCCAAAUCUUACAGGCGCGAUUGAGAUCUCUCUCGACGAUCGACUUCCAGCGCCUGCCCUACCUGAUCGACGGCUCCGACGACCUCGGCUCACAAUACUUGAACCAAAUCGUGGACCAGCUACUAUCCUCGGUGCGCGGAGUCCAGACCAUCUUCGUGGAGCACUACGAUCGGGACCUGCAGGAGCGUCGCCCUUUCCAGACCAUCUGGGACACUCUGCUCUACAGACAGGACCAGAUCAAGCAGCUCCCCGUCGUAUGCCCCAGCAUCCCGCGGCGAGCUGCCCCCGAAGAUCUCCGGCCUGCAGAACUGGGCAAUUUCUGCCCCGGGGCUCUGGGGAUCAGCAACCACCGCGACCGGGGCCGCAUAGCAUUCGUCGAGAAGAAAGAGCUGAGCGACGAAGACAAGCGCAAGUUGAAGGCCUUCGGCGGCGCGUUCUUGAACUGGCAAUGCUCCGACUGCGCGAGCAAGGUGCGCUACCACGUCGCCGCCAGCACGACAUCCAACAUCCACAGCACAGACGAGAUCCGCGAGCAUCCCGGCCUGGACAUCCAAUACCGCAGCUCCUUCCUGGCCAAAUGCCACCUGUACCUCCCGCCGUCGGAGAAGACGCCCGGCCCGUCCACCUCCGCUGCGCCGUCGACCCACAGCCGCCGCGAUAGUUACGGCAUGGCCAAGUACGGCUGUGUAUUCUGCUUCGCGACCGGCCACGAGCUGGAGCGCGGGUUGACCGCCUUCGUCACCGUGCGCGAGUUCGCCGAGCACCUGGCCCAUGAGCACAGGAAGCCGCUGCCGCCGAGUUUGCUGAUCCAUCGCUACGCGGUUGCCGUUGAGGGGAAGACGGUCAUUGGUGGUCGCUGGGACUUGAAUUUCUUGUGAGAGGGGAUCGGUUCUGGCGUAUCAAAGAAUACAAACCUGGGGAAUCUUCGCUUCUUCACUUUCAUAUUUCGUAUUAGGGUACGAAUUGCAUGCGGUGCUUUGAUGACUGAAUGAACGAUAUCACGAUCCAGGGACCACAGUGAAACAAUGCUGCAAGAGCAGCGCCGCAUCAAGAGAGAAUGCCAGUUCUGGAGUAUCAGGCGCAACCAUGUAAUUCUAUGUCUAGGUAUUUGAAGUCUUACAUGAUGCUUUGCCCUGUCUUUCUCCCUCGACACAUCGAUCAUCGCGUCAAAGACGAGAAGCGAGGGCCAUCUCUCGU